AGCGCGCAAUUGGCGGCCGGACUGGUCGCCAUGGUGAGAGAGGACGCCGUGCGGCCCCGCAGCGCCCGCCAUCAUGGCUGCCUACCGGCCCGGGGUGCUCGUGGGCAACUGGAAGGAGGAGGCGUGCCUGGAGGAGGUGGGCGAGCAGCGGGACCUCCGCUCCAACCUCCGGGAGCCUCGCCUGCCUCUUCUCCUCGCGGUGCUUCCCCCAGUUCUGUUGAAAGCCGACGUUGCAGCGCCGGGUAACACCGUGUUCCCUCUUCUCAAACAGGAGCGCCUGAGGGACUUCAUGCAGAAGAGAGAACGGGGAGAACUUCUAAUGCAGAAAAUCAACAGACUGAAUGAUAACCUUUUAAAGAAGGUGCAGCUGUCGGUGUCUAAGGAUGGAUUCGUUUGCUUUGGAGACACGGUGAUGCUCCUGAGCCCGGGCAAGGAGCCCUCAGUGCAGCGUGAUGUUGAGGCACACGGUGAGCUGACGCUGGCAGUUAACCUGGAGGAGGUGUCCAUCUAUUCGGCUGUGGCUCUGCAUGCACCCUGCGCACUGAGCGCCAUCACCACCACCAGCCCUGUGGGAAGGAACACGUUCUGUGUUUUAAGCAUUGAUGGAGAAUCAGUGGGUGAACCUGUUAAAUUUGGGCAAAAGUUUGGUCUUGGAACAACAGGAGGGUUUUCUGAUCCAAUGUUAUAUCUAGCAAGUGACCAUAAGUCAUUUAUGAGGUUUGCCAAAAAAUCUUACCUUCAGCAAGUAUUUUUGACAGAUGAGCUUUCCUAUUUGACGUGCUGGCAAGCAACCUUCUUGGAUCCACAACUGCGUCUUGAAUAUGAAGGAUUUCCCAUUCCUGCAAACUCUAAACUGAUUAUUACUCAUUGCCAUACUAAUAGAAGUUUAGCUGUUCCAAGGAACUUUUGGACAAGGUCUUAUUUUGGAAGGGAAUAUGAAGUAAUUUGUCACACUUACCUGGACUCCCAUCGAGUUGAAGAAGACAAGAAUUACUGGGUAAUAGUUACAGGAAAUCCUGGUGACGAGGGUGGUACAAUGCUCCAUAGACCUGAACCUCAGCCAGGAGGAAAAGGAAAGAACGAGUUUCAUGAAGAGACAAAGAACGUAAAAAUCCCAGAUUCCAACUGACACAGAUUGCUUAGAUUCUAAUUCUUAUUUUUCUGAUUUUCACAUUGUAGCAUUUGAAAUGUUUAUUUUAAAAAGAGAUAUGGAAACCUACCAUAAAAAAUUUAAUAUAAUCUCAUCAUAUGUGGAUGGCAAAAGGAUUACUAAUACACACUCAUACACAACAUCAAAAAGCUGAUGAAUCAAGAAAAGCUCAUUUUCCUACUUGCACAUUCCCUGGUGGCAAAAGAAGUUAGAACAUAUUGAAUUGAAUUGCACUCAAUUACUGGCCUUCUGGGUGUUUUUAACCAAUGCUUCCUAACCCAAAUCAGGGUCACCGUUUUGAAAAGAGUGAGCAUACAUUUUCCAAAACAGUAAAGACCAAACUUAUGCAAGCUAUCAUGUGAUGCUUUGACAUCUAAAGAUUGGUGGAAAGAAAUUAGGUGGUUGAGCUUGUUCCACACUCUAUCAUGAGAAAGGGGAAAGGACUGCCUGCACUGCUGGAAAAUGAACAGGACUGAAUCAACAAUUCCUGAUGCUCUAAUACAAUUUUAAUCUAAUACAAUUUUAAAACCACAGAUUUAUAUCAGAUUUAUAUCACUUUUCUUUUUUCUUUUGCAACUUUUUUUUUUUUUUUUUUUUUUAACACUUCUUAAUAUAGUCCACACGAUGGCACCACAUUCUUUUAAACACUGUGAUUAUUUCCAGCAGGAUUAUUCCUACAUGUGUUAAAACAACCUGAAUCAUUUACAUUCCACUGAGUCCCUGAUACAAUGCCACUAAAGAACCAGAAUGAAUCAAGCUCAAAUUCUGGGCUCUGAGGUGUGAGUGAUGUUCUGUUGUCUUUUUAGAAAAUAAAAUCAGUUUAAGCAACAAAUGUAGACAGAAUAAUGUACAACAUUGUGCAUUGUGUGCUAUCAAUUUCUUAAACAAAACUGAUUGGAAUAUUAAUUUGUAACCAAAACAUACUGAAGUAUCUUUAGGAACUUUUUCAUUCAUUUCUCUGUAAAGACAGGAAACUUGAUGUGCAGUAAAUGAUGGAUAUUUUUAUAGUGACGCUGUUACUACUUACCUCAGCUUACAGAGGUUAAGAUUCCACACAUUUUGAUAAUAGACUGACAUAAUUCUACGUUGAUUUUGUAGGCAGUAAACUAGAAAAACACAGGCUGCAUGAAUACACUGCAGCAUUUCCAAUUUGACAGUUGUGGGAUAUUUAUAUUAAAGCCUGUGAUUAGCCAUAAAAGACUGAAUAUUAACACAGAAUUUAAACAUUCCUGUGACUGCCACUUAGAGACACAGUGGGGUCUAAUUGAUAGGGUGAUGGAGAUCUGAACCAUGUCACUGUACAAACUAAGGGUGCGUGUUAUAUUUUGAUUGUCCCAGUUUUGCAACCCAAGAACUAUGGACAGUGAUGCUCGCCUCCUUUGUAAAGCACUCUGACAUAUACCAACAAAAAGCAAAAUCAUGCAUUAGGGAAGCUUUAAUGCUUCUUCCAAAUUAGACCCAGUGAGGAUAGAUCUACAGCGUACAUUGUGGGCAGAUAAAACUCACUUUCAGGCAGCUCAAAAGCUGUUAGCAUGAAGUUGAUCCUGAGCCAUUAGUUCCUGUUGAGAGGCAGGGUGCAUUAUUUCAGAUUUAGUGCUGUGCUAAUAUAGCAUUGUGGAGGUGCAGGGAGAAUUCACAUCUGUAUGUUUUGCUGUAUGGAUGCAUGCUAGCAUCCAUAAUAUUGAAAUAAAGAAGAGGUAGAGAACUGAGAGAGUCAACAAAGACAGUUAACUGAUACAGGGAUAACACUGGAAAAUAAAAAUCCACUAUCCAUCUGCCUUUUCACUUCCCCUGCUCUUUUGCACAUUCACUCCACUCACAUUUCUCAUCACAUCACUUCUCCUCUGCCAUGUCAUAUAGUUCAACCUUACUGAUUUGCAAUGGCUAUGAUGUCCUCUCGUAGCACCCAGACCAAGACCCCACUCUCUCACUCUACAC